CAGAGGCUAUUUCAGAGCCUAUGUUGACACUACCGUCGCUAUCAAGCGCAAAGCUCUUCAGCUCCUGAUACCGCCGUCAUAUAAGCAGGUAUACGGUUGACAUGUCCUCCAUGACAACCUUCGCUUCACUGGUCCUGCUGUUGUCUCUGGCAGGCCGAAUGACAAACUCAGCCAGGAUUCUGGGCAUCAUCCCCUCGGCCUCCAUCAGCCACCAGCUGCCAUUCCGACUUAUAGCUCUGGAGCUCGUCAGGAGAGGCCACCAGGUCACGCUCAUGACCACUGAUCCCAUAAGAAAAAAUAUCCAGAAUUACACAGAAAUAGACCUGUCCAACUCAUACGACUACGUCAAGUCAGCGUUUGACUUUGUGUCAAUGUCAGACGACAGCCCAGUAGAAAUGAUCAAAAUGUGGCCUGGUGCAGGAGAAAAAAUGUGUCAAAUGCAGAUAGAGUCACCACAGGUCCAGACUUUCAUUCGGUCCCAGCCGUCUUUCGACGUUGUUAUCCUGGAAAGGUUAGUGUACCAGUGCUACUACGGUCUGGUUCACCAACUGGGAUCCCCACCAAUGAUAGGCUUCGUAUCUCUGAGCGCACCAUCUCCAGUACUGUCAUCUUUUGGGAAUCCCAACAACCCCGCCUAUUCCCCUGAUUUCAUGGUGGGCUACACCGACCACAUGUCCUUCUGGGAAAGACUAUACAAUGCCUACAUAAUAACACGCCUUCAUUACGCAUGGAAUUGUCAAAUACUUCCAACUCAAGAGAAGAUGCAAACGAAGUAUUUUGGUCUUGGUCAUCCGCCUGUGCACGAAACUGAAAGGAAUUUCAGCCUCCUCCUCGUAAAUAAUCAUUUCAGUAUGAACUAUCCGCGACCGCUGCUGCCUAAUAUCAUUGAGCUGACGGGGCUGCAUCUAGAGAAACAGCGGCAGCCACUUCCACUGGAUAUCAAGAAUUUCCUUGACGGUGCAACAGAUGGUGUGAUUUACUUCAGCUUCGGCAGCAAUGUGAAGGGCAGCACGUUGCCAGAGGACAAAAGACGGGCGUUCCUCGAAGCCUUCGCACAGCUGCCUCAGCGGGUGCUCUGGAAGUGGGAGGUGGACAGCCUGCCUGGACAGCCGGAGAACGUCAUGAUAGCCAAGUGGCUGCCCCAGCAGGACGUCUUGGCACAUCCAAACAUUCGUCUGUUCAUUACUCAGGGAGGACUCCAGAGCAUGAAUGAAGCAAGUUACUUCGCAGUGCCUCUCAUUGGCAUUCCUUUCUUUGCUGAUCAGCACCACAAUGUGGCUAAGAUGGUGCAUGCUGGUAUAGGCUACCGCCUGCUGUUCAGAGAUGUCACUACCGAUACUGUUCUGAAAGCCAUUCACACAGUUCUUGGCAAUGAAAGCUACCAGGAGAACAUGAAGCGGUUCUCAGCGGUAUUCCGCGAGCACCAGGAGAGGUCCCUGGACACUGCCGUGUGGUGGGUGGAGUACGUGAUACGUCACAAGGGAGCUCCCCACCUGCGCAGCGCAGCCCUCGACCUCAGCUGGUGGCAGCUGCUUCUGCUCGACGUCAUCGCAUUCGUGGUUGCAGCGGCGUCCACUGCGGUUUACCUGCUGUACAAGGCAGCAUGCUACUGCAGAACUUCAGCACGGGGUUUUCUCAAGCAGAAGACGUUGUGAUGGGCAAAAUUUUCCCAUCAUGGACAUAAGAAAUAAUAUUUCUUAGCACCUCAUAUAAACGCACCUGGACGUUAAAAAUCGCCGGGGCUAUUUGUGGAUCCUGGCAUGUGAUAUCUUGUCUUUACAGAAUGUAACAGAAAUUUAUUCCUGUUGUGCAGGUUGCCUAAAUAUAAUUUGUAUUUAUUUAUUUCUUAAAAUAAUGGAACUGACAGUGUUUUCCUUCUAGUACAAAACGUACUUCAUUUCAUUUAUAUUAAACCACUUAUGUAAUAAACUUAAUACUGUAUUUCAACGAUAAUUAAUAACUACUCCUGUUACAACAGGCGUAGGCUACAUCUGACAAAAUCGUUUCACAAUUCGCUAUCUCUUCGCCCAUUUGGAAUUGUGUCCCGCUAUAACAGCUACUGAAAUAAAUUUACAAAUUGCAUAACGUACACUAAGCAUAAAAGAGAAAAGCAGUCCUACCAAGAUCAAAACAAACUAUCUGUAUAUAGUGUAAGAGGUCCAUGAUUAAGGAAUUUGUUGCUAGCGCACUCGAGCAGAUGUAAUUUCGAUGGAUUGCUCACGCGCUGCCUGCGAUAUGUAAGCUAUAAGAGAAUCUGAAACCAAAGACAGUGUUGACUGCAGUAGGAACUAAGUAGCAGUUGGAGUAAGUAGUUGCUAGCAAGCAGUCGUGUGUGCUGGAGUUGGCUGGGCUGGUCGUGGGAGCGAUGGCGGUCAAGUUUAUUUGAUUCCGAUGUAGUGACCAACAGUGCACAUCCGACUGGCAAACCUUUUUGUGAAUCAGACAAUGGCCUAAUGGUUACCGGUACCCAAAACGUGAUACACGUAUAUACACCAUCACACAGCACAGAGAAUAAAGCAGCCAAUUUUGGCAUGGAUCGAGUUAUGGCAUUAUUGCUACAACUUAAUGAAAAACACGACAACAAUUUCAAACAACUUAAUGAAAGUU